UAGGAGCACAGUGGAUCCCUCUCAAACAGUAAUUACAUGCAGGCACGAGCACCAGUUGAGCCGUCAUGGAUCUUAUGUGGGGACUGGCCGUAGUGGGUGCUGUCUGCAUCGGAUGGAUCCUGCUUAAGAUGCUCUGGACCUGUUGGUGUGGAUUCACAACAUUCUUUCUGUCAGAAAUUUGGCGAGUGGAUUUGAAGAAAUAUGGAAAAUGGGCAGUUGUUACCGGCGCCACUUCAGGGAUCGGCAGAGCCUACGCCAAAGAGUUAGCCCGAAGAGGUCUGGAUGUGGUUCUGAUCAGCAGAUCCAACGAGAAGCUUCAGAUGGUGGCAGAAGAAAUAGAGGCUGAAUAUGGCCGCAGGACUCUCACCAUCCAGGCAGACUUCACUGGAGGAGGAAGCAUAUAUCCUGCGAUAGAAGAAGCAUUGCGAGGCAUCGACAUCGGGAUCCUAGUGAACAACGUGGGAAUGAGCUAUUCCGGGAGCUUCAGUCAGUUCCUGGAUGUACCGGAUUCAGAACUGAAAAUCUCCCAGGUUGUCAACUGUAACAUGCUAUCUGUCACCCAGAUGACCAGAAUAGUUCUUCCAGAUAUGGUUAAAAGAGGGUCGGGGCUCAUCAUCAACAUCGGCUCUGAGAUCGGGGCCCGUCCGUAUCCGUUUCUCUCGCUUUAUUGUGCCACUAAGGUCUUUGUGCGAUAUAUAUCCCUCUGUCUGGAUUCAGAGUACAGGUCUAAGGGAAUCACUGUGCAGUGUGUGGCGCCACUGUUGGUCUCCACCAACAUGACCUUCAACUGUAGAGUCAACGGUUUGGUGAAGAGUGCGUCAGACUUUGCCCGUGAGGCGUUGAACACCGUGGGGUACACCAACUAUACCAACGGCUGCGUCUCUCAUGGACUUCAGAGCUUUGUAUUAAAACUAGGGUCAGGCUUGGUUCACCGCCUAGCCUACCUCAUGAAAAAACCCAGAGAGGUACCAGAAAACCUCCAUAAAGACUGAAGACUAAAGGAGCGGACACACCGCAUAGCCGGAGGGUUUGGUGAUCACUGAAGAGCUGGGCGACUGCCCCCGUUUAUCAUCGCUGGUCCUUACGAGGAUUGGGUUCUCGCUUUUAAAAGAGGAAACGAGAAAAACACUUGACCAUGUGUGUGGUCACACGAUGUGUGGCUGUUCAGACGUCUGCAGUAAGGACGAGGUGUACUGAUGAACGGCCUUUGGAUUAUUGUAUCACAAAACGUGGAGCCGUGGAAGGUAAUGGCUUCUGUGGGGUUGGUGUUGAGCUUCUAUCAUUAAUUCAGUUUGAAUGGAUUCUUUUUCUGAUGCACUUCAUAAAGUUUUACAAAAACCACAAGCUUUAUUGUAUUUAUUUAAUACCCUCAAAUCCUUUUCCAAUUCAUCUAUAAAAGGGUAACAGUUACAGAGGUAACAAUGCAUACUGAAAUGUAAUUUAAAAUAUAUUCCCAGAACAAUUGUUAGAAUCAAUGUUUUUCGGCAUAACUAGCAAAUCACAUUUCAUAGAAAUGCCAAGCAUAAGCUUCAUGGCACUUAUGGGGAUUCAUUUACUAAUACUUGUUAUUUAUUUUUGGCAUUGCAAGGCCACAUCAACCAUCACAAAAACAUUUUUAAGUGAGCAGUAAGCAGUAAACUCAUAGCUUUGAAAAAAUAACAAACAAACCUGGUUUGGACAAGUCGCCCUGUAACAUUUAAAAGAUAAUAUUUCUAAUAAUUGGUACACAACAAUUCCCUUGAUAAAUCGUAUUAAAUGUGCUACCAUCAGGUAUCACAUUUCUAAUGCAUACAGAUACAACACACACACACACUUUGUUUCCGUAUUUUUCUGGCCCCAAAUGUUAACUUUGUUGCCGUUUAUUUGAGACUAAAUUGACACGUCAUUUGGUCAGUUCUAUUUUCGGUUCGCUUAGAUCUUUUAUCUGUUAAAUAGUUUGGUCUUUUAUCUCUUCCGAACUGGAAUGAAAAAAGAAAGCAUAGACAUUUACAUCUACGCAGCAGCCCGGUUUCAAAGAAGUUUCUGCACAAUUUCAGUUUGUUAAGCUCUGCUUUUUCCCCAACAGAUAAGCUCAUUCAGGUGUACAGUGCUUUUGUGAAGCCGUUUUAAGCGAUCCCUUAGUGACCCUAAGCUAAACAUGUGACAUCAGUAACACGUGCUCUAAUACUUGUGUUCCAAGAACACAACUAGCCUGAGGUACUGUAUGUACACUCUCCGUUAAGCACUUGCAGAAGCUGAA